AUGACUGUUACAUGGACAAGUGGUUACAACAUUGAUGAAGUUGUUCCAUUUCAUCGUACAGGAUCUCCUGCUAGAGCUAUGGGAUGGAGUGAUCCUGGAUUCAUACAUACAAGUUUUCUCAAGGAGUUAUGGCCAAAUGUGCAAAAACGCGAUUGUUCAAAUGAAUAUAAUGAUUAUCAGCCAGGUUCACUUAUGACAACUGACACCCUUAUUGAUGACCUUGGUAACAUUGAUGCGGUUUUCCUUAUUGGACAUCUCCCCUAUGCAAAUUACGGAUAUACCUCACGAUGGGAUCAAUUUACAGCACAAGUAGAGCCAAUUAAUAGCAUUUCAUAUUUGCAAGACACAAUUAGUGUUCUUCUAACUCUCUACAAUUUGUUUUCUGGUGGUAACCAUGAAAGAACCUGGGAGAACAGUGGAUCAAUAUACAACGGUCUAGCUUCGGUCACUGAACAUGACUGGAGAGAGGGAUCAGAACGAUACAAGCUUAUCGAGCAAUGCUUUGCGUCAGCCAAUAAACAUAAACAAUCUUGGCUAAUUUUUGCUGCUCAUCAUGUUCUUGGUUACUCUUCCAAUGAAUGGUAUGUUGAUGAAGGAUUGUUUGAAGAGGCCAUGGGAAGGGAGCACUUGCAAAAGCUCUGGCAAAAUUAUAAGGUUGAUAUGACAUUCUUUGGGCACGUUCAUAACUAUGAAAGAGUUUGCCCCAUUUACCAGAAUAAAGAAAAGGGGCAUACUGUGGGAACUAGUUAUGGAUUUAUCUUGUCCAAAAGUGAAGAAAAGUUUGCAAAUUACACUAUAUUUCUUAUUGCUCUACCUGAGUCGAUUGUCUAUAUCAGAAAGUCCUUUUCACCUUUAGGGGUAGAGGAAGAAUGUAGAAAGGCCUUAUAUCAUAUGGUAAUUAUUGAUGAGCUUCCUUUCAGAUUUGUUGAAAAAGAAGUUGAUAAUGCUGGUUCAAAUACUUUGGCAAUAACCGAGUUGUCUAAGCAAUUAACUAAAUGGGGAACCAACUUAAUGGGUGGUAGUCACCUUCUUAUCAGGCGUAUGGCUCAUAUUGUGAAUCUUAUUGCUCAAUAUGGUACAAAAUAA